UUCUGAGUUUCAAGCGCAAGCACAGCUCAACCAUUCAGUCGUUCAAUCACUACUUUUGUAGGCAAAGCUGAAUGCUGACGCUUCUCACAGUAGCAGCAACAACAGCAAGGCAACAACAUUUCAAUAGAAACCAGCAAAUCCACUUCCAUCUAAAAUAUAAGUAAACUCAACGUAUAAGCGAAUAUAUGCAAAUAUUGCAUAAAAAUCUACCUAUAAGAGCAAGCACGAGCUGUACCUUAGUAAAUAAAUAUCCUGUGUGACAAGUGACGCGAAUUUUUCUUCGCACAAGAAAGGACACAACCCCCAAAAGAGAGAUAGAGAAAAGGAGAGUAGCAAAGAAAGCUUUGUUGAAAAUGUCAAAGCAACGCCUAGGCAUCGGAUUAUUAUUGUGCUGCCUUUUUGCCGCAGCACACGCUCUCCGCACCCCUGACGACUUGCAGGCGAACGCUCUUGCUGCCUUGCGCCUAGAGCGAGCUCGCUCACUGGAGCCAUGCAAUCAAACAGACACCGAAGUAUGCCCACCGAGUAAAUACCGCCAACCGAGCGGCGAAUGUAACAACGUCUCCCAUCGUAAGUGGGGCGCACGUGGCGAUGUGCUGCUACGUCUCCUCGCACCCGACUAUGCCGAUGGCAUUAGCCAGCCGCGCACCUCGCAUGGCACACACGCCCUACCCGAUGCCAGCGCCAUUAUCGAUCAGCUGCAAUAUCAUGUUGACGCCGAACUGCGGCAUCCGCAUAUCACCGCCAUGCUACCAGCCUGGGGACAAUUAUUGGCUAACGAUUUGUACGAAGUGAGUCAGCUGUCGACCAGUACGAAGUGUUGCAAUGAGAAUGCCAGCUCUAAGAACCCGGAGGAGCUGCAACAGUGCUAUGUGCGGCGUGGAGUAGAUUGCAAGGAAUACAAACGAUCAGUGCCCGCCUACGAUGCGGAAGCUUGCGCGAGACGUCAACGCGAGCAAAUGAAUGUAGCCUCAGCUUACAUAGAUGGCUCUGGUCUGUAUGGCGCUACGGUGCAGGAUAUGCAGGAUUUACGCACUUACAUUAGCGGUGGUGUUAAGGUGGAAUCGUGCAAAUAUUGUCAGCUGACUAGUGCUUCGGGCGCGCUACAUCGUGCGCUGUUGCAGGAACAUAACAACAUCGGCGAGCAGUUGGCGCAUUUAAAUCCGGAUUGGUCGGAGGAGGAUGUUUUCUUCGAGGCGCGCCGCAUUGUGACCGCACAAAUUCAACAUAUCACCUAUAGUGAAUUCUUGCCUCUGGUGUUGGGUCAGGAGACGACCGCCAAGGAGGGACUGAAACUCACUGCUGAGAAGCACUCAUCCAACUACUCGAGCACCAAUCGCGCUGGCGUUUAUACUGAGGUCGCCAAUAGCGCAUUCCCCGCAUUCCUCACUAUGUACCCACCAGAGAUGAUCUCGCAUUCCAUGUCAGCUACACAAUUGCUUUCGGUCGCUGCUUUGCAGAAGUCGCUGAUUCCUGCCAUCAAAAAUGGAGAUGGUUGGACUGAGCUGGCUUUGGCCAUACACCGUGGACGUGACCAUGGCAUUCCCUCUUAUCGUCACGCUUUGGAUAUGUGUCAGGAGCAGUACUCAGGCGCAGACUCUGCUAAUAUCACUUUCGAAGUUCUGGCCAAAAUCUCCAACAUACCUGAGGAACACAUCACCAGUUUGAGAGAUAUCUAUCAAAAUGCUGACGACGUCGAUUUGCUAGUGGGCGCACUCCUUGAAGAUCCUGCUGUUGGCGCUCUGUUUGGACCAACGAUUACCUGUUUGCUGACGCGUCAAUUCGAGCUGCUUAAGAAGUCUGAUCGCUUCUGGUAUGAAAAUGAUAUUCCCCCUUCAUCAUUCACUUUGGUGCAGCUGAAGAGCAUACGUCAGACAACGCUUGCGGGCUUGCUCUGCACCUCCAAUCAGGUCGAGAAGGUGCAAUCGAAGGCGUUCAUACGCGAGGAUAACUUCCUAAAUUCAGUGCUCGACUGCGCCCAAAUUCCCACAUUGGACUUACAUCCCUGGCAAUCCAAUCCCGAGUCGGCUGAGCUGCACGAGCACGUUGAAAUGGAACCUGAAGUGAAAGAGGCUAUUAGUGAAAUAAAUAUUGAGCUGUUGGAAGCUGCCGUGGAACGCGCAAAGAUUGAAUUGGAGGAACGCAAACGUUUUGAAUACGAAUCGUGGUUGUCGAAUGGUGGCAUCAGCGCCAAAUCACCCGAUGGUGUCGCCGCCUCAUUCAGCAAGGCCAAUCGCAAUGCGCUCGCACUUGCCAACUCUUCGCUCAUGUUCGAGUUGACUUCCAAUGAGAUUUUGAAUACCCUGAACUCCAUCAAUCGUCGCAAACGUCAAGCAUUCGACAGUAACUUUAAUCGUAAUGAGCUUUCAGAAACACUCCAAACCAUCGAUAUUAAUGCCAUUCUUGGCGGUACGACUCAACAGGUGAAGGCCGAGUGCGAUGAUCCGUUGAUUGCUUGCGACACAUCUUCACCCUUCCGUACUGUCACCGGUUACUGCAAUAAUUUACGCAAUCCGAACUGGGGCAAAUCACUGACCACAUUUUCACGCCUUUUGCCUUCGCAAUAUGACGAUGGCAUCAAUAAGGUGCGUCUACUGUCGGUCACCGGCAGCCUGCUGCCCAAUCCACGCGCCAUCUCGACUGUUAUCCAUCCGGAUAUCUCCAACUUGCAUACGCGCUACUCUUUGAUGGUCAUGCAGUUCGCACAGUUUCUCGAUCACGAUCUCACGCUUACCCCAAUUCAUAAAGGCUUCCACGAAUCUAUACCCAGCUGUCGUCGUUGCAAUUCGCCACAAACUGUACAUCCGGAAUGUAAUCCAUUCCCGGUGCCGCCCGGUGACUAUUUCUUCCCCGAAGUGAAUGUGACCAGCGGUGAACGUUUCUGCUUCCCUUCGAUGAGAUCGCUGCCUGGUCAGCUGACUUUAGGUCCACGCGAACAGAUCAAUCAGAACACUCACUUUUUGGAUGCGUCCAUGAUUUACGGUGAAAAUCAUUGUGUCGUGAAUAAGCUGCGCGGCUUCGGUGGCCGCUUGAACUCUACCAUACGUUCGUUUGGCAAAGAGUUACUGCCGCAAUCCAAUUCUCAUCCCGAAUGCAAGUCACGCAACAACCUCUGCUUCAUUGGCGGUGAUGAACGUGCCUCCGAGCAGCCAGGUCUCACUGCUUUGCAUACCAUUUUUCUGCGCGAACACAAUCGUAUUGUCGAGGGACUGCGUGGCGUGAAUCCACACUGGAACAGCGACCAGUUGUUCUAUCAAGCGCGUCGCAUAGUUAACGCCGAAUGGCAACAAAUGGUGUUCAAUGAAUUCCUGCCACGUGUGCUCAGUUGGAAUGCUGUGAAUUUGUAUGGCCUGAAGUUACUGCCUCAAGGUUACUACAAGGACUAUAAUCCUUCCUGCAGCCCCAUCAUCUUUAACGAAUUCGCUGCUGCCGCUUUCCGUAUUGGGCACUCACUGUUGCGCCCACAUAUUCCACGUUUGAGUGUAAACCACCAACCUGUCGACCCACCACUGCUGUUGCGCGAUGGAUUCUUCCGCAUGGAUGCCAUUCUGCAGCCCGGCAUUAUUGACGAGAUCACGCGCGGUCUAGUCGCCACCCCCAUGGAAACUUUAGAUCAGUUCAUUACCGGUGAGGUAACCAACCACUUGUUCGAGGAUCGCAAAAUUCCCUUCUCUGGUAUUGAUCUUAUUGCGCUCAAUAUUCAAAGAGCACGUGACCACGGCAUACCCAGUUACAACAACUAUCGCGCUCUCUGCAAUCUAAAACGCGCCACUACCUGGAGUGAUCUCAGUCGCGAAAUACCGAAUGAAGUUAUUAACCGUUUCAAGAAAAUCUAUGCAUCCGUUGACGAUAUCGAUCUAUUCCCUGGUUCUAUGACAGAACGUCCAUUGCAAGGUGGUUUGGUUGGUCCAACAUUGGCUUGUAUCAUUGGCAUUCAAUUCCGUCAGCUGCGUAAAUGUGACCGGUUCUGGUAUGAGAACGCUAAUCCUGAAAUACGUUUCACUGAAGCGCAACUGGCUGAGAUCCGUAAGGUCACACUGGCUAAAGUUCUUUGUGAAAACUUGGAGGUACCUGGUGAUAUGCAACGUGCUGCCUUGGAUCUGCCCAGCAAUUUCCUCAAUCCACGCGUGCCCUGCUCAUCCAUGCCGCAAAUCGAUCUAAGCCUCUGGCGUGAAAAUGUGCAAGGCUGCCAAAUUGGCAACAGACAUGUACGCGUUGGCGAAUCCGCAUUCCCCUCACCUUGCACCAGCUGUGUGUGCUCAGCCGAAGGCCCACAAUGCGCCUCGCUACGCAUUACCGAUUGUGGUCAACUGAUUCGCCAAUGGCCCAAGGACGCCAUUCUGCGUGACGAGGUGUGCAACUCACAGUGCGGCAUCUACUUGAAUGGCAAUGGCAAUGGCAACUUUGCGCAGGCGCGUCAAGCUUCAGUGCAGGCACCAGUGCGCGUGCAACGUUCACGUCCACAAAACAUUUUCAAAUUCCCCGAUCUGACACCGUUCAUUGCGUCUUUGUAGAUGAAAGUAUGAAAUGGUGCAGGAAGCAAAUGCAAAAGGCAUUUCGAUAAAGAGAAAAAUAUCAGAAAGCGAACACUUUUUGAUUGACGCUAUUUAGUGAAAUAAGUUAAGAUAUAUGGAGAUGAAUGAAAACAAAGAGAAGGAGAAAGAGUAAAGAAAAAGCAGCGUGAACUGCAACACAGAAACUGCAAUGCUUUUACCAGCUGGGUGUCAGCAGCAGACAAUACUUAUUUAAAUUUAAUUGUAAAUAAACUCAAAGAAAAAAAAACGCACUUUACUACCACUACACAGGCACUUAAGCGCUUGCAGGUGCUUGCGCAUACACGCUUGUGCGGAUAAGUGCAUGUGUAUAUGUAGUUUUUUGUAACUGUGUAUGUAUAAGCGAGCGCUUCUGGAUGCUCGGCAUGAGAGAGUAGACACCUGUGUUCAAAAUAAGAGGAGUGUGAAUAGUGGGAACUUUUGAUUUUUUUUUGACAUUUUUUAGACUUAAUUUUGAAUAUUUUUUUAUAAAAUCACAAUUCAUUCUACACCUAAAACUCUACAAAAAAAAAAAGUAAAAAUCAAAGGAAAAUCAACAGUAAAAAUAAAAUCAAAGCAAAUCUACCAAAAAAAUGCACAAAUCAAAUUUCGAAAUUAAAAAAAAAAAUUUAAAAAAAUGUGAGCAAAAAUUUUAUUUUUGUAUGCAGAAUUAAUUCUUAAUUUCUAAUUAAUUUACAAUUUUGGGUAUGCAGUUUUAUAGUCCAUUCAAUUCUGGCGCAACAAAGUGCAAAUUUGAAGUGACUACAAAUUUUCAUUGACUUCAUUCACUUUACAAAUACUUGAAAUAUUUUUUUGGUUUUUUAAUAAAUGUAAAAAUUGAUUAUCAAUCAUUUACUGUCAUCAUUACUUCUUACACAGGUGUAGUUACUUGUGGUCAAUUAGAACGUGAAAGUAUAAAAUAACUGAAAGAAAAAAAUAUAAAUUUAAUAUACAGUAAAAGAAAAUGGAAGUAAAAACCUCAAAGACUUACAUAUUUACUUCUAGCAUGUAAAGAAAUAAUACAUAAGUAUGUGAAUAAUCAGCCAAUAUGUAUUUUCUUACCCCUCCUCUACUCAACUUACACUUCUUAGCCUUCAACUAUUCCAAACACUUUCCCGCUUUUUGAUAUUUUCACACCCAAAGUAAAAAAUAAAAAGUGAAAUCUUCUCACACUAUCUUCAAUCUCUGUCUCGGAAUUUCUCGCUGCUUUCCAACUUUCAUUACCCUAACUGCCUUGUAGAGUUUCAUAUACAUAUAUACAUACUUAUAUAUAUGUAAUACCUGUAGCGAAAUAUGAAAAUAAAAUAUUUGUACUUAUUUAGUUCUAGAAUUUAUUUUAUUUUUGUAAUAUCUCUCUCUCUCUCUCUCUCUCUCACUCUCACUCUCACUCACUCUGACUAUUAGCAUUACCACUACAAAUAUUCCAGUUCUUUUCUCUCUUUCAAAUGCAAAUUUAAAUACUUUUUUAAGUCCAAUAUUUACUACAUCUUUUGUAUGGUUUUCAUACUUACACUUUUUAUCUUCGCAAUAUUUAUUUCAAUGUAUAAUUUAUCGAACGCCCUUACACUUAAAACUUUCCUUAUAAUUAAUUUCCUUUUUAUACAGCCGCUGAAAAAGCGGAAAUAAUUAUAUACUUAGCUUACGAUAUUUUUUGUAAUUUUGUAAUUUUGUUAAAAUAUAUUUUAUUGUGAAUUACACAUAAAUAUACUAUAUGAACAUAAAACGAAUAUUUUUACCCAGUGAAUAAAUGCCACAAAAUAAAAAUAUGGGCAAAUGCAUGUCCGAAAAAUUUAUAAAA